UGCUUUGAAUCCCGGCGGGGUCGCGCAGGCAUCGCAUCGGCGGUGUUUGCAGCGGAGGAGGAGGGUUCUCCUUGCGUUUCCUGAACAAAUGCUUGGGAGCCUGUUUUCUUCUUUUUGGCACGGUAGAUCUGUUAACAUCAGUGACUACUACAGCAAGUUGCUUGUCCAGAUUCCUUUGAGUUAGCCACUGUUGAGACACUGUUGGGGACUCUCUACAGAAGUGUUAAUUCAGAUAUUUUCUUCUUCCUGAGGUUCUGCCUUGAGGAAAUAACUUGCACAGGGAUCUGGAGUUUACGAAAGGGAUUGCUUCCUGUCAUGUUUAAGUGGAUUGCACUAAUGAUGUAAAACUUUGACUUCCUGGAAAAAUGCUUCUCAGCAUUACCUAGUGUUCAAACCAGCCUAGAUCUUGUUGGGAUGGAUUUCUUCUUUUUCCUUAGGGUGCUGUUUGCCUGGAGGUACUGAAAGGUUCAGGCUGGGGGUUUUCCUGCACUCUCCAUAGCUGCUGCCCAGUGCUGCCCUGAGGAGAAGCAGCAGCAGGAAGGCUGCCCCCCCCCCGGCUGCAGGGUGCUGGAGUGGGGCUCCUCACGAAGCCUGCUGUACCUUUCUGCACCAGCCACCAUGGAGACCCUGUCCCAGGACUCUCUGCUGGAGUGCCAGAUUUGCUUCAACUACUACAGUCCCCGCCGGCGGCCCAAGCUGCUGGACUGCAAGCACACCUGCUGCUCGGUGUGCCUGCAGCAGAUGAGGACCAGCCAGAAGGACCUGCGUUGCCCCUGGUGCCGUGGGAUCACCAAGCUGCCGCCGGGGUACUCUGUGUCGCAGCUGCCCGAUGACCCCGAGGUGAUCGCCGUCAUUGCAAUCCCCCACACCUCAGAGCACACUCCAGUCUUCAUCAAACUCCCCAGCAAUGGGUGUUACAUGCUGCCCUUGCCCCUCUCCAAGGAGAGGGCGCUGCUGCCGGGAGACAUUGGUUGCCGCCUCCUGCCGGGCAGCCAGCAGAAGUCCCUGGCAGUGGUGACGAUCCCGGCGGAGCAGCAGCCGCUGCAGGGUGGCCUUCCUGCCGAGGGAGGAAUAGAGGAGCCGGACAGGAGAGGUGUUGUGAAAAGCUCCACUUGGUCAGGGGUUUGCACUGUGAUCCUGGUGGCCUGUGUCCUGGUCUUUCUCCUGGGCAUUGUCCUCCACAACAUGUCCUGCAUUUCCAAGCGUUUCACAGUGAUCUCCUGUGGCUGAGGCUGGGAGUGUGCUCCCCUGGGGGUUGGGUCGGGUCGGUGGGUGGUGGUGGUGGUGGUGGUGUUGAGCGAGACAAUUCACCGCAGCUUUGCCCAAUGACUGCAGAACACUGCGCACCGGGGUGGCGGCGCAUCGGCCCGGCCGUGGCCCCCAGCAGUGCGGCCUCAAGCCUCUCGGCAACGUGUGGAGAAAAUCAUGUCCCGUGUCUGGCGGCAGCGGCACUGAGGAGGACUGCAUGCAUCACCAUAAUCAUUUAUCAAAGGGACUGCAACUUAGAGUGAUUUUUUUUUUUUAUUCGUGUUACAAGAUUAAAGACAUCUGUGUAGCUGGUUAUACUGUGAAGUAUACAGUAUGAGCUCUUCUCUAAACACAGUAGAUUAAAAUCAAAACUGCUUCAUGUAGAAUUAAAGGAGAAUUGGCGUGCGACUCUGUACAAGGUGUUCAAUACCAGUCCAGACAUGCAUUAUUUUUUAAUGGGGGGAGGGAGACUUAUAAAAACCAAGAAAUCAUUUAGGUAGUAAGGCAUUUUAUAUGUUUUAAACUGCACAUUAAUUAAACCAAGUUAGAGAGUUGUACCAAUAACUUUUAAAACAAAAUGUUUUACAAGAAAUAAUUUCAUUCCAUGGUGUGUGUUUUUUGUGUCUUUUUUUUUUCCCCAUUUUUUUUUUUUAAACUACAGGGAAGUGGCAUUUCCAGCAUUUAUUUGAAGAAGCUUCCAAGCAGGGAAGUGAAGUGGGCUAGGAGGAGUACCUAAAAAUGCAGCCAAAACACUUCUGCAUAACUGGUUUCAUGCAAAGGAUGGCUUUGAAUAUUAAACAUUGGAUGUACUGGUUUACCUCCAAUCUGGCAGCAGGGUUUUCCAGCGACCUGGCCUUCAUAGCUAUUACUGAAGGAAUGGGUUGAGAGAAGUUCUAGGACGACUCCUACAAGAUUGUGAUAGCAAAUUGUUGUUGUUCUUUUACUAGAGAUUGGGUUUUCUUAAUUGUUUUAAAAGAAUUUAGACCUAUCUUGCCUCCCUCUUUCCUAGGAGAUGCAACUGUAAAACCAUGGAUGGUGUGAGGGGAGUUGCUCUAAGGGAGCUUCACCAUCCCAACUGAGACCAAGUACCCUUGUAUGCAAUCAUCUAGUAAGAGGCAGUGACAUAGCUGGGAGGAGAACCCAGGCCAACCAAACCCUCUACUGGGUGGGCUACCCCUCCUAAACCACUGUGGUUGUCUUGGUGUCAAAAUAGGUGAGCACAAUGGGCCCUUUUCCCACAUUUCAGUCUUUUAAGUGUUGGUUUUCAUGACAGAUUUGAGAAAAACACGGGUAGUAUGUUUUGGGUUUUGUUGUUUUUUUGUUGGGUGGGUUUUUUUGUUUUUAUUUUUCCUUCACAAACACCUGUGAGUGUCAUGAGACCUCAGUCAUUUGCAGUUCACUUCUUGGAAAGAGCCAAAUUCCUGAACCUUCACCACAGUAGCACCUUGCUCUAAGCAGUCCCACUAGCUUUAGUAGUACUGCUCGUAAGUAAAGUAGAGCUCAGUGUGAAUUCGGGUAUUUGACAGGUGACAAAGCUGAAACUGUGAGAUUUAGGGAUUGGAUCAAGGGGCACAUGACAGACCCUUAAUAAAAUGAAAAAUCUAUAGAUUUGCACUGCUGCUUUUUGCAAGUCCAAAGUGUAACCUCCCUGAAGCAUGACCUCUUGUCAUCUGUCUCCUGCUCUUUCUAAUAAUUAAUUAAAGAUUGCUCAAUGCCAUAUUAUAACACUGGAGAACAAUUUUGACUAUGCAGUGCCCAGGUUGGCCCUGUAGACAUCAGUGGUUUUCUGGUUGUAUCACAAAAUCCAAUUGCUGGUUCACAAUAAACAGCUAGGACUUCUGUCAGGAACAUACCUCUGCCUUCAUGCUGGAUUUCUUCCCCUCUCUGUUCCCCAAACCACAUGUUAUUCCUUGAUUCUUGUUAACUGAAGAAUAGCAUAUACGGUGCUUAAUUGUUACAGUGUGUGUUGGGUCAUGUAUGCAGAGAAACCAUUGUGCUGAUUUUUAUCUACUGUCAUGUAUGCAUAGCACAUUAAAAAAAAAAAAUCCUCAGAUAACACGUUCAAUGCCUUUUUCAAGCAAGGCCCAUGUGCAGUAUGCCUUGAACCUGGCUUAUGAGUGUUGUAAUUACAUAGACACCUCUCCACAGCAUUGUUUAAUUUGUUUGCAGUAGGGAAUAGCAGGUAUUCCAAAACGUGUCUUGUUGAACGUGCUAGUCUUUUGUUGCCAGCAGGUAACCAGAUUUCUAAUGACAUCUAUGCCGUGCUGCUUAUUAUGUAAAGGAAAGCCAGUUCACAAAAAAAUAAUGCCUUUAUAAGACUCUUGAGGAAGUGACCAGGUACAGGACUUGACCCUCUACUGCCUUAUUCCCUGUAGCAAUUGCUGGGUGUACCAGGAGCAUAUAGCAUAGCUGGAAGAUGCUCUGAGAACAGUGCUGAUGCAUUUUGCACCAGCUUCUGCAUUUGUUUAUCCGAGUUGUCAAUGACUGCACCAAAACACGAGGCAGUCAAAGAGCAGGUCCUGGAGAUAACGUUGAUCUCCUUCCAGCUGUACCUGCCUGCCUGAAGCUCUUGAAGCCAAGGUUUCUCUGAUGUUGCAAAGAACGGGUAUCUUGAAAACCACCCUCUUCAUCCCUACAUAGAGGGUGCAGUAUGAAAAAGAAAUCAGAAAUUAGGUUAAAAUACCACACUGCAUAACACAUUAUGCAACAGGCAGACCUGGAGUUUAUCCGGUAUUAAUGACGUAAGUAUUAUAUUAGCAGAAUACCAUCCUAUAUUACAUAACACAGUACAUUGUUUCAUUAAUAUGAAUUUCCUGUACUUUUUGUGCCUGCUGAGAUGCAUGUUUGACCUAAUUUCUGAUCUAGACAUUUGCCUGCUCACAGCCUUGUGUAAGAGCAAUAAGUAAAACCUCAAGAUUUUUGCCUGCGUGUGCACGCACGGUGUGUACGUUCAUUCCAUUUUAUAAAUAGGAGUUCUGGAGAUGUUUUUGUUUUGGCUUUAGACUGUGACUAUCAUUUUAAAUUUGCAGCUGCCAUAUCCCGUUGGAUCACCUAGCUUUUUUGCUGACUUGUGUAGAAGUGAACUAAGUAGUUUGUUGUAAUGUACGGUGUUAAAAUGUUUCUCAAGUAUGUUGAUAGUCAUACUACUUUAAAAAUGCAGUGCAGUCUGUCACAUUCCUUGGUCCAAUACCUGGCAUUAAAAAGUGAUACUGCUAUAUACACCUCUAACUUUUUGUUGUUGUUGUUUGUUAGUUCUUAAAACCAGCCUUGUCUUUGUAAUUUUUCUCUCUGUAGAGAAACACAUUUGGACUUGUGUCAGAAUCAUCAGGUUCUGGGCUAGUUUUUGAGUUUUUGUUCUUUGGCAUCCAGUAAAAAAUCACUGCCCAGUUCCACCAAAAAAAAAAAAAAGGAAAUUUACUGUGACACAGUACUGUUUGAGCAACCAAAAUUUAUGCUAAAAAUUGUGGGUAAUUACUCAGGCACCUGCAUUUUUAGAGCAAAUUACUCUGUAUGAAUGUGUAUUUAUUUGCUUAUUUAAUGGGAAGGAUGUGUGUGUUGGGGUCCAACUUCAUUAUUUUUCUUGGAGGAUCCCAGCUUCCAUUUUCGGCUUGUGCUUUCUUGGCAAACAGACUUUAGGGUUCACUCUGUGAAAUUUUGUUUAGUGAAUUUUAAAAAUUCAAAAUAUGCUAUUUUAGUAUGCGGGAUUUUUUUAGGAAAUUGUGUGUUCAGUAAUUGUUCGUGCUUAACCAAGAUGUAAAGGAGCCUGGAUGUUUUGUAAACAUGGAGCAAUCAUGAGUACAAAGUUUCAUCUUUAAUAAUGAAACUCAGUCUGAAUAAAACAUUAGCAGGAAAAGAAUGGUAUCAAGUGAAUUAUGGUACCUCUGUUUCUUUGCCAUCAAAUGAAGAGUAUGGAAGGGAGUUUGGCAGAAUUGAUCUGUAUUUUAUGAGGGGGUGGCUGAAAUUCAACUGGCAGCAUUUUAGGGCAAAGUGUUAACUGUGGGUUGUGGUAAAUAGUAAAAGGCUGUUUGUAUUUUAAUUACCUUGGAAUACAGACUUAUAGCUGAUGACUACUGAGCCACACAACUUUAUUUUUUCCUUUUCUGUUUUAAUCAAAUUACUUGAAAGUUUUAAGUAAAUGUUUUGCUUAUGGAAGUGAGGGAUUAUUGGCCUUGACAUAAGCAUGUAUUGGUCAGACUGGCAUGCUGGCUUCUCCUUCCCCUUGAGCCCCCCUUUUCAGUCACAUUAUUAUUGUUGGAGCCCUGGGCAGCCAACCUUUCUAAUAUUGCAAAUGCUUUUCUGGAGUAGAGAUGGCUGACGUUGCACUGGUUUUGUUACAUUCACAACAGGGCUAAACCAAAACCAAACAAUUCAUACAUGAUUUGAGCUCUUCUGUAGGUGUCCCAAUAUCAAAAGCUCCAGGCACCAGUCUACUGUGUAAACUGGUCCAAGCCUCUGUGUUCCCUGGAUUUUUUCACAGCAAUGCCACAUUGUGGAGGAUGUCGCUUUCUCCCAGUCAUGGAACUGGGCUCUACCCACCAUCCACAGCUAAACUGCCCCCAGGCAAUGUGGCCUGCUGGCGUGAGACACGCAUGAGUACAGCAGGAGACAUUCACAUGUCAAGUGAACACAUCUCAGGUAAACGUUGGAGUUGAAACACUUCCUUAUUCUAGUUGCACAGAAAGCAUGGUUUGGAUUUGUUUUUUUCCAGACUUUUUCUGUGGCCAGAUGGAGGGGGGAGGGAGGGAAGAAGGUACAUGGCAGCAAAUGAGUCCAGCAUCAUCUGGGAGGUUGCUGAAGGAUCUGCUGGCCCUGAAGGCAAAAGUUUUUGUGCAAGAGCUUCUGUAGGACAAGAUUGUCAGGAAAUGCUGUAAUGGAUUUACAGUGUGUUAGUGACCUUUCUGGUGCUGUGCACUGUCCAUAGGCCUGACAGCUGGGGCUGUUGUGUUCUUUCUCCUUGUCACUUUAUCUCUUUCGUGCUUGUGUCAACAAGGAAAGCUGCUUGCUUCGUCCUCAAGUUGAAUGACUUUGCAGACAUUUCUUAAGUUGCCCUGAGCAUCUCUAAUGAAAAAAAUGAUCUUUCAAGUUCAGUGAAAUUUAAUGCUUAAUAAAUGGUUGGAAAAUGCAUUUUUCAAGCAUUUCCUUAUGCUUCAAUACAUUUUAAUUUAAGUUCUAAAUAAUUCCUGUAAUUUUUGUGCUAAGCAUGUUCCUGAACAUCAGAGGCAAUUCUGAGCGCUUAGCUAAGAUCCACAGCCAGAAGAAAAUAUUUCCUAGCCCCCCUAUCCAUCCCACAGUCCCUUUGAGAUCUACACAAGUCUGUUUUCACUGUCCUCAUCUAUAUCCCACUGGAGUGCUUAAGUGUGGGGACUCGUGGACAUGUAUGGAGCCCCUGUACGUAUGAGCACAGGGGGACUCAUUUCCAUGCCUGGUGGGGGUUAUCCACACAGCACGUGCUCACGUGUAGUGGAGAGGCCAAGAGGAUUAGUGAAAGGGCCUUAUGUUCUUAUAUCUCUGGAAGGUCAUGUAUUUCAUGGUGCUGGGAUGAUGAAGUGCUGAGAUAGCAUGAAGCCUAGGUAUUGUUACCUGGGUUUCAUGUGGGAUGAGCUGCUGCCCACUCUGAGCUGUCUCUUGCAAACCAGUUCCUACUGCUGUUGAAUGGGACUUGCUGCUCCACAGGUGACAUCUUGUCUGGAGUUCAGGUGAGGAACCACAUAAUUUCUCUGUGGCUCCAGGCUGGGAUGUCCACCCAAAAGGGAACAGACAGAUGUCUGGGCUUUUAGCUUAUCAGGAGUCUGUAAGUUCAAGUGGAGGUCUUUUGAAACAGAACUGCAUAAAGCUCUCCUGAAAGCUUGAAGGCAACAUACAUUUUCAGCCUGAACUGGUUUGAAAGAAUAAAGAAAAGGUGCAGAAGGAGAAGGACACCCGGAAAUGAGCAUACGAUUAGGCAGUAGCUUGGAAAUUCAGAUGUGUAUGUGCAAAAAACAUCUACUGGGCAUGUUUUGCAGUGUCCUGCAUAUGUCAUUUCUGUCAAGUUGUAUCUUGAGAAUGGCAGUGAAACUCCAGAUCUUGCUUUUCCUUCAACACCUUUGAGCUGGAGGACUGCCUAUUUCAAAAGUGCAGUUUUUCACCUAAUUGAAAAACUUGAUGUGUGUGCAGAAAUGUUUUAGGGUACUGAAGCAUCACUGAAGCUCAGGACUUGGACAGAAGCUGAACAGGAAUUCAGUGUGAAGAAGUUGGGAUAAAAAAGAAGGCAAAGCCUUGAAUUCUUGGUGUGUGCAAAUGUGUGACAUUGUUUAAAAUAAAAACUUGUUUUAUUUGCAUGGGUGUUGACUGAAGGUAUAAAAGCAGGUGGCCAUCUCCCAGGACAAAUAAUGAAGUUGACAAAGUUGGUAAUGCCAAACAGCUAAAAACUGUUACAUCUGAAGCUGAAAACAGAAGUACUGCUGUGGCACUCAAAAGAAAUAGUAAGAUUAGACUGGAGGUCUAUAGCUUUCUGGCUUGGUUUUCUAGAUGGAGUAAAUAAAAUAAUAGAGAAACCUGACUAGUUUCAUGCUGAAGGUUAUUUACUUGCUUAUCUUGAGAAUUAGAAAAAGAUGUGUGUGUGGUGUCACUGCACUGAUCAGUUUUGGAAGCAUUGCCUUACAGCUGCCUGCAUGCAGUGAUUGGGUCUGAACCAUGGGUUUACAUCUGCUUGAGAGAAAUCUGGAUCUGCCUCCAGAUCUGAAAACAUCUUCCCCUGCAAGGUGGUUUCAAUUUAGGUUGUCAUUGUAAAGUGUGUGAUCUCGCUCUGAAGAAUUUAACGACAGUGGUGGAUCUUGCAGUACUUUCAAAGCAGCGUGUCAUAGGAUAAAUACAUGUGGCUCACUGUGAGCAUAAAAGGAAACUCAGUUCCCAAGCAUGGCCAAUUUGCUGAUUGAACUGCAAAUGAAUAAUUUCUUGCUUAAAUUAUUUGGAAUAGUAGUUGUAGAUGUUUCUCAAAGAUUUGCUUAAGAAAUGUAUUGAAAUAGCUGAGACAAGAUUUAGGAAAAUGUGGUAACCGAGAAAGCACUAAAGCAUUAAAUCUAAGGAAGGUGAAGGGAUUCAGUCACACAUGAUUAAAUACUUUUUUGAGUAGAGGUGAUUUAGGUGUUGUUUCUUGGUACUUGGCUAGUCUGCAUGAUUCUUAAAGAACAUCUGAAGUAAUAAGUGUUGCUUUGGGGAAGGUUUUAUUUUGAAAUUUGAAAGCAUAUUGACUAGGAGAGACUCUGUAAUACCCCAAGGCAGUUGUUUUCAAGAUGUAGAAACCUGUAUUUCUAUAACUUCUAUUUUUAAUUGCUCAUUGGAUGUAACUGAAAAUUCUUAAUCCAAAAGAAGCUUGCAGUUCAAACCCACACCAAAAACCACCCUAGGAAUCCAGAGUAUUGGUGAUUUUAAAAACUCAGGAGAAAUAAACUGUAUUCAAAUCACUGCCUUCCUGCUGUGCUGAAAUGCUGAGGGAUUUGUUAAACCUACAGGUUCAUAAAACUGAAUCCCCGCUUAAUGAUUAUAGUUGGUAAACUGGCUAACUGCAAGGAUACAUAGAGUGUUCUUUCUUUUCCUUUCUGACCUCCUCUGGUUUAGAGAAGACAAGACUUGGACAGUUGCAGCUGGAUUGAACAGCCUGAUAAGAGUCGUAAAAUGUUACCAGCAAGGAGCAUGGUUUUUGAUAAACAAAGAAUUGCAACACUGAAAGUCUUUCAGCAGCCAUCCAGGCAGAACAAGCAGGCAGCAACUCCAGCAAACCUCUGGGAUCCAGAGAAAUGUUGUCAGGAGUACUGGAUAAACGAGGAUAUUUUUUGCUACCCCAGAUACUGUCUGUGUUUGUUUAUUGCUCAUGCCUGGCAUCUUUGGGUUUGGGUUCUUUCUUUUGUCCUUUAUGACACAAAACUUAAAGAGCACUUUUUACUCUUCCUUACAAGCACGCCAUCUCCUGUUUCCUCUUCAGCCCAUUCUUUGGCCAGCCUGUUUCCCUACAGAUUUGCAAGGAAAAACCUAGCUUUGUGUAUAUGAGUGGCUGCAAAUUUCUGCUGCGUUUUCAGUGAUGAAAAUGGUAACAAGUCUCCACAGAAACAGGAACAUCUCCAGGGCUCCACACAGUAUUUUAUUUACCUCUUUGUCGACUGUUAUUAUCAUAGGUUCUUUCUAAAUUAGUAUUUUGGAUUAUUGUUUCUUUACUAUAGCCCUAAUAU